AUGGUCGCGCCCAAGAAGAAGCACACCAUGACGGCCACUUGGCACCUCGACGAGGAUCAGUCCGAAUGGGACUUCUACAAGCGGCUAAUCCAUCGGCUGAACAUCCUUCAGCACCCCAAGGGACAAGCGCCCGCUCCAGUCUACACCAAGGACGACAAGGUGCCCUUCUACCCCGUCUGGCGGCAGUGGGCCUACAUUAUGCCGCGGGCCGUUGUUCCAAUCCUCAUCCAUCGCGCUUUCAUGGAGCUGACGGGAUGGACUUUCCACCCCGUCUUCGCGUUCUUCUUCUACGCCUUCGCGUUCAAGUUCUUCGCCAUUCGAUGUGUCCGCGUGUUCAACCGCAUGGGCCAAAAGUACGGCUUCUUUGACGGCUCCCACCCCCGUGACGGUGUCCCCGAUCUACACUCUCAGAAGAUUGGUUUGUCGAUGCUGGGCACCGUUACGAUUCGGCCGCUGUUCGCCACCUUCCUCAUCUAUGACCGAUACGAGAAGCCGUCGUUGAGCCUCUGGUUCCCCGUUCAGAUGUUCAUCUACUCGGCGGUCCUCGACUUUUGGUUCUACUGGUACCACCGGGGCAUGCACGAGAUCCCAUGGCUGUGGAAGUUCCACCGACUUCACCACGUCACCAAGCACCCGAACCCGCUCCUGUCUGCCUUCGCCGACAAUGAGCAGGAAUGGGGCGACAUUCUCGUCAUUCCCUUGCUCACUUGGCUCGUCUUCCCUCUCAACUUCUCAACAUGGUUCAUGGCACAGCAGUUCAUCAUCUACACAGAGAUUUUUGGCCAUUCGGGCGUCAGAUUAUACUGGAUGACGCCCAUGACUGGGUACAUUCUCAGAUGGUUCGAUAUGGACCUUUGCCUCGAGGACCACGACCAGCACCACCGCUUCGGAUGGCGGAAUUCGUCCAAUUAUGGAAAACAGACGAGACUAUGGGAUCGCUUGUUUGGAACGACCCGAUCGCGCAUCGAGUGCCGAGAGGACAACAUCGAUUGGGUCAACACGGCAAAGACUGGCUAA